UUGACUCACUUGUCAGUGUAUAAAAACAUUGGGUUGGGAUUUAGAGUUGACUUAUCUGUUGCUGUUGGAUUAUAUUUAUAAUUGUUAACAUUUUUUAAAUUGUUAUUAUAGUUGUUCUCGUCAAAUUAAAAUUAAGUUUAAAUGUGCGGCGAUGAAGCUGAAUAAAUCUUAAUGUUACAUUUUCAAUCUAUUUUUCAUUUGUUCAAAUAUUUGACUAGUAGGCCUAUAUUAAACUUGCUCUAAAAUGAAAACAUAUGACCCAACAGAAAGAAAAUAUGAAAUCGAAUCAAAGUUAGAAAAUGAAACAGCAAAACUUGAAGAGUUGAAAGAAAAUGUGGAGCGCAGCAGCAAUCUUACCAAAGGCAUUACUGGAAUCUUAUCAUUGUUUGAGCAACGUCUCGCUCGUUUAGAAGAAACCAUUCUCCCUGUUUACAAUGAAACAGGGAACCUACAAAGAAGUCAACAAAACAUAGAGCGUACAUUAGCAGCGCUUGACCAUGUCAUCGGCUAUUACAGCGUGGCUCAGGAAGUGGAAGUUACUGUUCGCAGUGGACCUUUCGUGGCAGGUCUUGAUGAGUUUUUGUCUGCCAUGCAACGCCUUCAAACAGCCCUGCACUAUUUUGAGAAAAACAAUCCACAAAGCGUUGAACUAGAGAAUGUGUCUUCACUCUUUAGUGCUGGUGGUGAUGCUUUGAACAGGGAGUUUAAAGAAUUACUUCAGAAGCACAGUCGACCUGUACCACCAAUUACACUUCUAGAUUUGGUCGCCACCGAUGAAGAAUUGACUGCAGAUGAUGCCUCAGUAAGUUCUCUGUCGCAGUUCCCGGAAGCGGUAAGCAGUCAGCUGACAGUGAUGGCCGACUGGCUGGUGACACAAGGUCGGGACGAGUUUAUGAACGUAUACGCCCGAAUAAGAGCUUCAGUGUUACUGAAGUCUUUGAAUCAAUUGAGAGAACAGCAACGUUCAGGAAGUGGUGGAAGUGUACAGGGUGUAGUUGCGUCACCUCUGGUCAGGCCGAAGCAACAGGGAGCCAAACACGAGACACCAGGAAAGAGGAUGAAGCAAGUGUUCGAAAAGAAAGCGAACAAGAUGUUAUUGAAAGCAUCGCAGACUCUGGAACACUCAACAGGGUUGACUUUGGGUGCUCGUAGAGCUACGUUGCAUCUAGUAGAGGCAAGGGAAGAUGUUGUAGAUGAACAGGAGAUGGAAAACUACUUGGUCUGUGUUAUGGCUUUGCAACGACUGAUGCAACACGAACGCACUCUGAUGACCGGUAUCAUUCCUCUUCAGCAUCACCACCAAGUAUUCCAAAUCAUCAUACAAGAAGCUCUAGAUACCAUAGUGCAGGACGGUCAGAACAUUGCGACUCGAGCCAAACGAUGCAUUGCUCGUCAUGACUUUGGUGCUGUUCUGGUAGUGUUCCCCAUUUUGAAACAACUCCUAAAUAUGAGACCUGAAUUUGAACGCACAGUUGAGGGGUGUGAUUUCAAUGUUCGUUCUCAGUUCACAAACAUUUUAAACACUCUACACAUGACUGGUGCGAAAGCCUUAGAAGACUUUAUAGAAAAUGUGCGUAGCGACACUAGUUCUGGGCUUCCUAAAGAUGGCACCGUGCACGAGUUGACCAGCAACGUCCUUGUUUUCACAGAACAACUAACAGAAUAUAUGGAUACAAUUGCAGGUGUUUUAGGACAGGACCCCGCAUACACAAAUGCUUUUAUGCAAAUUCCAAACAACAGUAAAAUAAACAAAAAUAAAGCUCUAUUGGGCAUUUACAUCAAGAAAGUGCUUUCUCAACUGAACUUCACCCUUGUUACCAAAAGUGACACAUACACAGAUGUGGGUGUAAAAGCAUUGUUUCGACUCAACAACAGUCAUCAUGUGUUGAAAGCUCUACAACGCUCUGCUCUGUUGGAAUUGGUCAAUAUAUCAGAAUCAGACUGUGAACAGACCUAUGUCAACAUGAUACAGACCCAUAAAAAGGCGUACAAGCAAAGUUGGAAUAAAGUUCUCAAUUAUAUUACUAACAACGAUGACGUUGUUGUUACUGCGGGGAAGCUCCGAGAUAAAGACCGUAACACGAUCAAAGAAAAAUUUAGUGGCUUCAAUAAGGAAAUGGAAGAAAUAUCUCGAACACAGCGUGGUUAUUCUAUUCCUGAUGUUGAAUUACGGGAAGGUCUAAAACGUGAUAACAAGGAAUAUAUUUUACCUAAGUACAGUGCCUUCUAUGAUAAAUACUCCACACUAUAUUUUACUAAAAACCCAGAAAAAUAUGUAAAAUAUACUCCAGAACAAGUUGCUGCGCUUCUUGACCAUUUCUUUGACGUUGCAGCAUAAAAUACUAAAAUUAUUUUGUAACCUUAUCAUUAUUAUUAGUGUAGUGCUAUUACCUUUUUAGUUUCAUAGGACACUUUUAUUUUCUUUGUUACUGUUUUAGUGAUGUAGUCUGUGAUGAUGAAUUAUUUAUUGUACAUAGAUACUUUUAUUGUUAUAAAUAUUAGAGUUUUUUUAUAAAAUUAUGUUUUUUAAAGUAUUAUAAGUAAAAAAAAUAAUUAUGUAACAUUUAUGAAACCAUAGCCAUCCAUUGAGUCAUGAUUUUUUUGUAAUUUUGUUCAUUUAUUUUAGCUUUUGAACAGUUUUCUGUUAUUAUACUAUCAACAUUUCACAGUGAAAAAUAUUGAUUUGUGCAAAACAAGAUAACACUUGUUCUGUUUCUCCAUUAUCUUACUUGUAUAAUUUUACUAUAAAUAAAUGUAUCAUUUACGGUUUUGCUAUUUAUUUAUUUUGUGUAUUAUUUUAUUUGUCAUAUAUCAUGUAUUGUUGUAAAAACUGGAAGUUUAAAAU